CAGUGCUCAGCCAAGACUUUAUUGGAGUCCCUACUUUUCUAAGCCGAACUUGAAUAUCUUAAAGAACCUAAAGCCGGCUUCUGAAGAACUUUUGCUCUAUCAAAUUUGUGCAGGAAUUCCAGCACAUAAUUCCAUCCUCUCACACUGCACAUUUAUCUCUUAAUAGAGGAAAGAAAACCUGAACCAGAAGAAGACAAACAGAGGCAGAAAGCAGAGGUGUAAACGUGACUCAGACGUCUGGAGAGAAUUUAGCAGAUUUUUUUCUUUGCGCACGACCUCGAGACACACUUCCAGCCACCGGACACGUGUCUGACUUUCUACCAUGGAGCUCUGCUUUUCCUUUUGGAGACACUUUUUUUUUCCAGACACUGACCUUAUCUGUUGAUCUGGAUUACAAUCAAGACACAGACGUUUAACCGCUGAGGGAUGCACACAGCCCACACACACUUAUAGGUCGACUUAUGCAGAGCACUCAUGCAUAUGCAUGGCAAAGCAUGCGGCUUUUCAGUAGAGACAGGAAGUCCACCACAUGCAGAGAAUACUAUCCAAACUCACUCACACAUACCCACAUACACACACAUGGCUGUAAUCUACUUUCAGCAUGUUGGACUCCAGGUCUGCCUGAGCUAUCAGUGUGUUGAUUUUGGACCAUCAGGAGGCCGAGGGCCGAGUCUGCAGCGUGCUUGCACAUAAAUAUUGAAAAUUGAGUUUCCGCUCAUCACAGAUUGCUGACAUUUAUCAGAUGUUGUGUGUUUGCUGAAUGAUUUGGGUUAAAGCGUGUUCAGCUAUAUUUCUCAGACACUUCUGGAGACUUUGUACUUUGCAAAUCAAUUUGCGCAGAGGAUAGUAGAUAUAUUUGAGCUCAGCUUUGUCGGAAUGCAGUUCGGAAAUGGGGUUGAUGCCAGUUGCAGUUUUUACCGUCUGUUAGUUUUUAUUUGAAAGCUAAUAUUAGUUGCUUCUGUUACUUGCGUGUUCUUGUUUAUUCCCAUGAAAACCGCUGGGAGUUUAGAGUAUAUAUUUAACCGAACAGUGUAGCGAUGUAUUCGUGUUGGAAUUUAAUUCUUCUUGCCCUCCUGCGUGUUCACAGACCCUCCUGGGGCUUCAUUUGCAUGGCCGGUUAAUGAUUCCUAAACCUUGGCUGACUUUGUGGAUUCUUCAGGACACCUUAUGUUAAAAAAAAAAUCCUCUUGCCAGGCCAAGGCGAUUGGAAGUCUGACUUUUCCCUGCACCGAAAACGUGGGAGUAUAGAGUGUCGAAAGAGCCCACCUUCUUGCACCACACACUGACAUCUAGUCAUCACUGCCUACACUGGAUUUCACCUCCAGUCUCGGGAAUCAUUCUUGAGGAUUUUCUCUCCUUGCGCUGGAUUUGUUUCACAAAAAUUUUAUUAUCAUUUUUUUUUUGUUCUUGUCAAACACACAAUUAAGCAGAAAUGGACUCUGAUUCAGAUUCUCCUUUUAACUACUCCUGGCCUUCCUUUCCUAAAGUGAGGAUACUAAAGCGGAAGACAAAACCAGAGAAGUUGUCCUCUCCUUCAGGUUCCAGCUCUUUCCAGCUUCAGCCUACAGACAUCACUGCUGCCAGACUCACAGCCAUGCUGAACCGCACUGGAAAGAACGAUGAGCAGAACAGAAAGUUAAACAACGACUUAAUGACAAAUGGCCCCUCAGCCACCGUCACACCACCUGCUGUCAAAGUCGAAGGAACGAAAGAGCAGCGUACAUUCUCUCAUCCUUUCUCUCCAUCCCUCGCUCAUUUCUCCCCCAUCUCUUCACCAGGACUGGUUUUGGACCGCUUCCUUCGCAGCAGCUGCCACAAUGAACACGACAAUCACAAUGCAGGCUCGCCUACAGAAUCUUAUGAAAUUAGCCCAAAUCUCGUGGCCUUGGAAAUGGACAGUGAAGAGGAGGAGGAUGAUUUCCUGAUGAGGAAGCCCCUCCCACAGAUAUCAUCUGAAAACAAGGACAGUGGAGAUAAACAGGACAGCUUUAAUCCAUCCUCAGACCUCAGCUGCAUUCGCACUCACUCUGCUUCCUCGGACUGUAACCAUUCCUCCCAAAAGGACUUGGAUCCAGGAGUGCGUCUGCGUUCAUAUUCCUAUUCCUCACCCAAAAUCAACCUGCUGUCCCCGCGCUCCAGCCGAGACGCUCCUCGUCCUCCUGCUGACCUCAGCAACGAUGGCGCCCUUACCAACAACAGCAGCGGCAGCAGAUCUCUCCUACAGGCUCUGUCUCUAUCUAAAUCUCUGUCACUGCUCAAUCCUGUUAAACAGCGUGCAGCGAGUUUAACUGAGCAGGCACAAGAAAAAAGGGAAUUAUGGUUCCGUAGACGGACUCAGUCAGCUGAUGACGAGUCCAGCGUCGAGCUGGCUGAUUCACUCCAGCACCUCACACUCUCCGAAUUCCUCAAAGAAAUUGAAGAAGAGGGAUGGGAUAAAUACAUUAUUCCUUCCAAGUCUGAGCCUGAGAAGUACAAAGUCAGCCGCACCUUCAGUUUCAUUAAAAGCCGAAUGUACAGCACACGCAGCAAGAAGGGAAAAGCGAAAGAGAAAGAAGUAAAGGAAAAACAGAGCAAUGGACACCAAUUUGCAGCAGGCCCUGUGCUUGGGACUUCGGCUUGUGAGGUCUGUGACAAACCUGCUACUGGGAAGGAAACGCUACACUGCAGCAAUUGUGCUGUGAGCAUCCAUAAGGGUUGUAAAGAUUCCACAGCACAAUGCCUUAAGAAAGUGCAGGACAAAUACACAGUUUCUAUGAUGAAGGCCAGAGCAUCCACCCUCCCUCAAAACUUUGUAUUGCGUGAAAGCACCCAGUCUUCUCAGGUAUCCAGUUCAGCCUCUCUCCCUAUGAUGAGUCCACGGAGCAGGAUAGACACAGCCCCUUUAUCCCGGAGUGUCCCUCUAGUGCCAGAGUGGCUUGCAGAGAGCCCAGAGGGAGACAAUGACUCCUCCUCCUGGAGAUCUCAUGGCCAGUCAGAGGAGCUCCUGCAGACCGUGGAAUCUUCUACGUCCACUGACUCCUCCCUUGUUGAAGAUGCAGUGGACUCUCCACUACAGAACAGUUUUCCGAUGGACGCUCUGUAUUUGGAGGCAGAGUCGUGGAGUCUAGCGGUGGAGUCACAGUUCUGCCAGAAGCAGGAAAAACGCACCAUCAAGAGACAGGAUGUCAUCUACGAGUUAAUGCACACCGAGCUGCACCACCUGCAAACGCUGACCAUCAUGUCGGAGGUGUUCAGGCGAGGCAUGCGGGAGGAGGUGGGCUUGGAUGCAGAGGCAAUCGGUCGGAUAUUUCCUUGCUUGGACGAGCUGCUCGUCCUGCAUCGAGACUUCCUUUCUGCCAUGACGGAGCGGCGGAGUAACUCAAUGCAGCCUGACAAUGAGAAGAACUACCUCAUUCACCAUGUGGGUGAUAUCCUCGUGCAACAGUUCUCUCAGGAGAAUGCCGAGAACAUGAAGCGAGUCUACGGCGAGUUCUGCAGCCGCCACAACGAAGCCGUCAGCUUCUUCAAGGAGCUACAGCAGCAGAACAAAAGAUUUCAACUUUUCAUUAAACAACAGAGCAGUAACUCACUGGUCAAGAGGCGAGAGAUUCCAGAAUGUAUUUUGCUAGUGACGCAGCGAAUUACAAAGUAUCCAGUGCUUUUAGAGAGGAUACUGCAGUACACAGAAGAGGGCACACAGGAGCACGCCGAUAUCUCUAGAGCGCUGUUGCUGGUGCGAGAGUUGAUCUCAGCGGUGGAUGUGAGAGUGAGCGAACGGGAGCAGAGUCAGUGGCUGAGCGACGUGCUCGGCCGCAUGGAAAGCAAGAGUUUAGUCAGACUGAAGAGCGGUGCUGCCUUCCGUAAGCACGACAUGACCAAUGGCCGAACGCUGCUUCACCAUGGCCCGCUGCUUUGGAAGACAGCCACCGGCAGACUUAAAGAUGUGCUGGCUCUCCUGCUGACCGAUCUGCUGGUAUUCCUCCAGGAGAAGGACCAAAAAUAUGUCUUUGCUGCUGUUGACCAGAAAUGUCCAGUGAUCUCCUUGCAGAAGUUGAUAGUGAGGGAGGUGGCUAAUGAGGAGCGAGGCAUGUUCCUUAUCAGUGCCUCGUACAGCGGCCCCGAGAUGUAUGAGGUGCACGCGGCAUCCAAAGACGAGCGAAACGCCUGGAUGAGGCUCAUCCGAGAAGCCGUGGUGAUUUGCCACGAGAAGGAGGAGGACACCGCGAGCGAGUCAGAAGAAGAACGCAAAGCAGCAGAAGCCAGUCAGAAAAUUCAGAAGCUACAAGAGUCACUCUGCGGUCAUGACCAGCUGAUUUGCUCCAGCCUGGAGGAGAAGCUCCACAUCUAUGCUGAGCUUGCAGCCAUGGUGGGCCACAGAGAUCUCAGCCCAGAACCAAAGCUGCUGGUGCGCCCCAACACAGAAGAGCUCCCUAAUGCUGCUAUUCUGCUCAAUGCUGCUCUUAAAGAGGCGGAGAGUCUGAAAGAAGCACUGUCGUUCCCCUGCAACUCCACCUCCUGCACAGGUCCCCUGCUUGCUCCUGAGGAACAGAACGCAUCUGACUCCACCGUUCAACUCGAGGCCCCUCCUCCCACUCCAUCUUCUCUUUCAGUUCCUGCUGAAGAAGAGCCCCAAGCAGUGGAUGCUGUACGGAGUGAGGAAGAAGAAUCAAAAGGAGAAGACAGUCUCGAACUCCAGCUUUGCGUUCAGAGCUGUGCAAGUGACAAUCAUAACAGACACCUGAAGGUGUGUCAAAGUGUCCAGAGUUUGACUCAACUGCUUUACAGUUUGCAGGCCUUGGUCACCAUCCAGGACAGCCGCUAUGAAGUCCGCCGUCUCCUUCUCCUCCUCCUGUCAAGUUCUGCUCACCAGCGGAUAUCCCAGGGCUCCCUACAGGAACAGGAGCGCCAGCGGGAGGCAGAGCGUCGGCGGCAGGAGCUGGCACGGGCGGCACGAGAACGGCAAAGGUGGGCACGCGAGUGCCAGGCGCAACAGCUGCGUUCCGAAGAGCGCGAGACCGAGCUGGCACAGCGGGAACAACAGUGCCACGAGGAAGUGCAGAGACUGCAGCGACAACGCGAGGAGCUGGAAGAGCAGCAGCAAGAGUACCAGCAGAGCCUGGAGAGACUGAGGGAGGGCCAGAGGAGUGUGGAGAAAGAGAGGGAGAAGCUGGAAGUGCAGCAGAGGAUGAUGGAAAGAUGGAGACAUGAAUGCCAACCCAGCCUGCCUAGUACAAACAUUAAGCUGGAAGGUCAUCAAGGAACAGGAGAUGAAACAAAAAGCUUCCAUCGUGGUCUUCACGGCGGCUUGGAUGAGGAUGGCUCUAUUUUUGUAAACGAAGCAGCUUUUCUGACGCCAUCCAUGAAUAAUCGGCAUCUUCAUCACUACCAGCAUCAACAAAAUCAGCAUAACACUCACCUACUUCCAGGCUAUGAGAAUUCACCCAGUGCACAGAACAGUCUGAAUUCUCUGCUGGCUUUGUCCAAUCAUACUCACCCCACCAUCAGCACGCAGGACGAGCUAUGGAGCGAAGUUGUUGCUCCAGCGAUCCAUACCACCAGGACAGCAGGAGCGGUGGGGCCAGGGAUUUAUCAAGGUGACGCCCCCUCGGUGCCACAGGCUUUCGUUUCCAUGGAUACCGAGAACCAAGAUCCCGACGGGGAGGAGAAAAUCGUGUAUCUCUAAGUUAUUUCCUUACGGAGCACACAAAGAUGUAAACACGGACAGAGUCGAAAAACCCCUUGAAGUGCAGCUACGAUGUGGUACUUCCGUUCGAUUGGGGAAAUUGCACUGAUUUCACAGACACAGUCAGUCUAUAGGUGAAAAAGGUGAAAGGUGAAAAGUUUUACAUCGAACUGAUUUUUUGUCUGGACGUCUUUCAGAUAUUGUUUUACAUUUUGCACUUUUUCCAUACUCACAUGGAAGUUCGCACUUAGAUCCUGAUGAAGGCAGUUAGGACUCUGAUUUAUAAUCAUAAGGAAAUGGUUUCACACUUGCUUAAUUUUUCUGUUGUCAGCAAGCAGUAACACACCAUUCCCUGCAAAUUAUGUUUAUGAACAUAGGGAAUCGUACUUCACCGAAUAUUUCUCAAAUUGAUAUUUCUUGCCUCAAAGUUUGAAGCAUACACAAUUGUACAGAAUGUCUUUGUAUGCUGUAGAAAUAUUUUGUAUUGCUACAAUAUUACAAUAUUUUUUUUUUAAAGAAAGAAGGCGUUAAAUCUGUUCAUGACAAUCCACCGGUUGACAAAGCAAGUCUCAUGAAGACGUAGCAUGCCAAGGUUGAACCCGUAGAUCUGGAGUGGCCCACUCAGAGCCCUAAACUCAGCCCUAUUAAAUACUUGGGAAUAAAUUUGAAUUUAGAUUCUCCAUGACCACGCUUCAAAAAUGUAGUGAAAUGCUUUCCCUAGAAGAGUGGAGGUUUACUCUAACAGCCAUGGGGAAAUAAAUCUGGAGAUUUACAUUUACAUUUUGCAUUUGGUAGAUGCUGUUUAUCUUGAUAGAGAGUAAAGCCGCCACAUCGGCUUUUUUUUUUUUUUUUUAAGCAGGAUAAUUGAGAUCAGAGAUUGGUAUGUGUUAUAUAGGCUCCAGAGGGCAGAUCUUCUAGGGUUAAUGAAUAAUAUUGAAAAGUUCAAAACUGUCAGUCAUUCCAGAUGCACAUAUUUGUUAUUUUCCUUUGCAUAAUUUAAUAAGGCAAAUAAAUUAACUAAAUAAUUAGCUAUAAAAUGGGUGACUAAAUUACAAGCUGGUGGUUUAAAGAAUUGAAACUUUUUAAACUCAGAUUAUUUAAGGCCAUUUGUAAGGUGUGUGUGAGAGAGUGUGAGCUAUAAAGGUCUUUCCUAGGGUCAGUAUUGUGUCUUACUGCCUGAAGCGCACAGAGACAGAACUAGGUUACACAAUUUCCACUUUCUUAUCACACACACACACACACACACGCACACACACACACACACACACACACACACACACCACAAUCUGCACUAGCCAUGGCUUACUUACCGUAGCUAUCCAUUUCAAAACUGGACACUUCAUUAAAAAAAAUAAAAUUUGCAGUGGAUACAAUAUGAAGCAUUUGUACUGCUUUAUGAAAGCACUCCAGUCCUGUUUCUCACAAACCAAUCUCACCCAUCUAAACCAGAGAAUGACUAUUAAAUAAAAUAUUUUUUCUCCCAUUACAUUUUAUUGUAGUUCUGCUUAAUGAUCAUUUCAAGACUUUAUAGUGUCAUUUGAAAUUCAGCAUCUAUACCUUUAUAACCUGCAAUCCAGAAGAAAUACUGUAAAAAGAAAAAAAAAAAUGUACCUCCAGGUUUGGUGGAGCUGAUCUUUGGCUAAUCCUCAGAGCUUAAGUGCUGUGAGUAAAAGACAGGUUUCUGGGUAAUUCGGAACAACAAAUGUAACAUUCAUUCCAAGCAUGUUGGGAUCAAGAAAUGCAGCAUUAGUAAUCUAACUCCACUGUUUAGUUUUCCCGAAUGUUUCCUUAGUCUAAAUCCUUCAGGACCACAGCUGUCCAUCUCUGACUUUAGAAAGAAUUUCUCAUCAAAAACUGUUACAGCAUUGAUUUUUUUUUUUUUUUUUUAUGCGCUUGCAUCAAGAAUUUUUUCUUUUUUUUUUUAAACAAUUGCACCUUGUUUUUGGUUUGUGAAAAAAAAAAUCUUUAAUUCUUUGUGAGCUGACUGUAUUGGGAAAAAAAAUCUCCCAAAUUCCAGUAAUCUUUACUUCAUAAGCAAUGCACAUGGGCUUUCUGCAUGUCUCGGGCCAACAGCUUUUAACUUUCAACAAUUUUACAAAACUCGAGUAUAGCUGCCUUCAUGCACAUUCAUAGUGAAGAAAGUCUUGGAAUAUUUGAGCUUUCUUCUCUGACGAAUAAUAUAAAUGUCCAAAAUGUGUAAUAAAACAAAUUCGGUAAAUUGUCCAUACAACUCCCAAUCAUAAUUUUUCCAUUUUGUUUUUGCUUUAUUUGUAACUAUAAUUUAUUGUUAUUUUAUGCAUACUGUAUAGUAUAAACUCUAUGAUGUACAUAUGGACUGUUUUAUACAAUUGUAUGUAAAAAUUACUCUGUAAUUUAUCACACCGUAGCAUAUUCAUUUAUCAAUAUCUAUAGUCUGUUUUAGUGUGUUAGAAAUAUUGACGUGUCUCCAAAACCUUCAAAUAAAGAUGAUUAUGGCUGGG